UUUAAGAAUCACAAUUCCAAAAGUAAAUUGUAAACUAACAUUAAGAAUAUCUAUCUAAUUUAUAUUCUCUAAAAAGCAAUUAAAAAUUUUUUUCUUAAAAGUAUGAGGAAAAUUUUUAUAAUAUUAUCAAUAUUGUUGAUUCUAAGUACGAAUUGCCUUGGGUAAAUGCUUAGAAAUGAUGACCUGACUUUAAAAAAUAACUGUAAACCUAGACAGGUAAGACUUUUAAUUGGAGAAGACUAUUCAAACUAUAAUAUAACAGAAAUAAAGAACUCUGCUACUAUUAUUUUUUAAACUUAUGGUGAAUGCUUGUAAAGUUCUAUAUCAGUAACAGUCUAAAAUUCCUAAGUAGUUACUUAUGAUGGAAAUAUAUUUUCAGAAAUAGUGCAUUCAUAGUGGAAUGGUGAAAAAUUUUGCCAUCAUGAUAAGCUUUGCACUAAUAUGUACUACAAUUAAUAUGUUCAUAUUUUUAGACUACCAUUGCCUUUUGGUGUACCUUUCACAUAUACUGUUUAUGGAAACCUCUACUCAAAAGCAGAAACUAAAGGUCCAUUUAAUUCUUAACUUCCCCAUAUUAAGUUAGAAAAUAUUGAAGAUUUUAAUGAAUAACCUUAAAGAAUUUUAUUCUUCGGAGAUUAAGACAAUACUCCUGAUGGAAAACUAAAUAUGAAUAGAUGGAGAUAACUGAAAAAAGAAGGCCUAAAGAAUAAGUAAUAGAAGAUUGAUUCUAUGCUUUUUUUAGGAGACUAUGCUUAUGAGUUCUACAUGUUUAAUGGUAAGAGAGGCGAUCAUUACUUAGAUUCUCUUGAAGAGUUUGUUGCAGAAUGGCCUACAGCAAUGCAGGCAGGAAAUCACGAAGACAAUUAUAAUUUCAAAUUUUAUAAUGAGAAAUUUCGCAUGCCUAGCUUUAAUGAAACUAGCAAUAAUUACUAUUCUUUUAAUUAAGGGCUUGCUCAUUUUAUUGGUGUUAAUUUACAUUUUUACGACUCUUGGGCAACACCUGAGGAAAAAUCCAAAAUGGUUUAAUGGGUGGAGUAGGAUUUAAUUAGAGCAACAUAAAAUAGAAAUUAAACUCCUUGGAUUAUAGCAUUUGGUCAUAAGCCUAUUUAUUGUAGCGGAGAUUCAGAUUGCGCAAACUUUCCUCAAUCAUUUAAAGAGUUUGAUGAACUAUUCUAUAAAUACUCUGUUGACUUAUAUUUAGGUGCUCAUGUUCAUCGUUAUUAGUUCUUAAAGCCACUUUACGAUAAUUGUAUCUAAAGUUACCAAGGUGAUGACAAUAAUAUAGUCAAUCCAUAAGGUAUGAUUUCAGUCAUAUAAGGAAACGGUGGACAUGUUUUAGAAUUUUUGGAAAACAUUAAAUAUGAUAUAUAAUUCUUAGGUAAAACUGAUGAAAGAGCUAUCGAAAUUAAAAAUUAUGUUGGAUACGGUAUUUUAGAGAUCUAUAACUUGACAACUAUAUGCAUUCAAAAUGUUAGAUCUCUUUUAAAUAAAGUUGAAAGUACUCGUUGCAUUCACUCCAAUCACUAUUUUGAUAAUACAACAGUAAAUCAUGUAAAAGCUAACGAAAACAUUAGAGUGGAUUCAAAUUCUUAGUACUUAUUUUUCACUAUUUUAGCAAUAUCUUCUAUAGCUGCUAUCUAUUUUGCUUAUAAAUUCAUUUUAAAAUAUAUUAACAUCUGAAAAAAAUAAAAAUUUAUAUUUUAGUAUAAGAUAUGUAAUACAAAUUACAUCUUUAAAUUGAUAGAUUUUAUUUUAAUUUAAAACUUAAAAA